CUUGAAGAUGAAGUAUCUUCUUCUGCCAGCUAAUUUAGCAUUUCUCUAUAGCUUUGUGCUGAGUAAAUCUAUCCAGAUAGCUACAAGAAACAAUGACUUAGAUAGUGGAACGGCUGUUUACGAAGGAGACAUCCUCUUGAGAAGAGUGCAACGCAGUGCAAUUAACUGUGAGAGUUGUUUAUGGCCUAAGUCACAGGAUGGACUAGUCAAGGUUCCAAUUAACAUCUCUUCUGAUUUCUCAGCAACAGAGAGGUCUUGGAUUGCUGAUGCUCUGCAAGAGGUCUCCACGCUGACCUGUGUGCAGUUUGUAAAUCGCACUACAGAAACAGACUAUGUACACAUUGAACAUGGGCAGAGCUGCUGGUCUUACUUUGGAAAAAUUGGAGGACGUCAAGCACUAGGCCUGAUGAAAAAUGGCUGCAUGGAUAAAGGAGCAAUUCAGCAUGAAAUGAACCAUGCACUGGGCUUCAUCCAUGAACAGGCACGGAGUGACCGGGACAGUUUUGUCAAGAUUAUGUGGGAACAUAUUGCGGCAGAGGAACAAGGAAACUUUGGGAAAGUGAAUUCCAAAAAUCUUGGCCUUCCCUAUGACUAUUCUUCUGUGAUGCACUAUGGCGCGUAUGAUUUCUCUAACACUCCUGGGGAACGAACUAUUGUACCAGUUCCUGACCCCUCUGUACCCAUUGGACAGAGAGAAGGACUGAGUAACUUGGAUGUGGCUAAAAUCAACAAACUCUACAAGUGCAAUUGCUGUAGCUCUGUGUUGCCUAAACACAAAGGCUCCUUCUCCUCUGUCAAUUACCCAUCCUCAUACCCGAACAAUAGCAACUGCCUGUGGUUGAUCCGCAUCCCUCAGAACAAGGUUUUCCUGCAGUUUGAGGCUUUUGAUCUUCAAUCCUCCUCAGACUGUUCUUCUGACUAUGUAAAAAUUUACAAUGGAAACAGCAAGAAUUCUCCUGUCCUGCUGGACAGAUACUGUGGGAAGGGGCCACUGCCUGCCUUAGUUGCUUCUGGAUCCACAAUGCUGAUAGAGUUUGCAAGUGAUGAGACCAUUACAGCCACAGGAUUCAGAGCCUCCUACAGCAGGGUGAACUGUGGGGAUACCUUCACAGUCUCAAAUGGAGUCAUCACCUCUCCAAACUACCCCAACAAAUACCCUAAAAACCAAGCAUGCUUCUGGAUCAUCAGUUCUCCAGUAGGAUACAAGAUAUCUCUCAAAAUGUUAUCCUUUGAGCUGGAAGAUGAUGACAGAUGCAUCUAUGACUACUUGCUCAUACACGAUGGAAGCCAACCUACAUCACCUGCAGUUGGCCCAUUCUGUGGGACAGAGAAGGUUGCAGACUUCACUUCUACUGGGAACUUUGUACUAGUUGAAUUUCACAGUGAUAUAGUAUGGGAGUUUCCCGGAUUCAAGAUGAAUUAUAUGUUUGGUAGGUAGUACCGUACAGAUCAGGGUGAGAGGUGUGGAGAAAAAAAAAAAAGUGUGACCAACUAACCACAGGUAAAAGUCAAGAUGUCACUGACUUCAGCAAAAAAUAGCUGUCUGAAUGCCUUUGACAAGCUUGAAGCUUGAACUAUUAGUUUGUUACUUCUACAGCAGUGUAAUUUGCAUGGGAGUUAUAGACAAAAAUGUUCCUUCCCAUUGGAUGUUUGUUUGAGACUCCCAGCUUUUUGUUACAGUAAUCUCAUUGCUGGUGUUGCGUGGCUGAAUACAAUAGCAGAACUGGAACUCUGGAACCAGAUUUUCAAGCACUUGUCGUGCUACAUAGUGAGCUGCUUAGAAAAUAGGCCCCAAAAGAUUUCAGAAUAUAGCUAUGGAGCAACUUUAACCCAUAUUCUGACAAAUGUUAUUACCCACCCCUAAUCUGCAUUCCAGUAUGCAUACAGAAAAACCUUGAGGCACAUGCUCACUUGUGCUUUGAAACAAAGCUUGCUUUUAGAGUUAAUAUAGGCACCUUCGCUUGGCCUGGAAAUCACCACUUUGCAUUGAGGAUGCAAGCCAAGAUUCUGGUGCGGCACCUCAACUCAAAGAAUUUUACUAACCCCUCUUUUGUGAGGUGAACUAGAUCAGGGAAUUGAUUUGACUAAAAGGAAGCCCUUAAUAGCAGGAGCAUGCAGUCAGGGAGAGGGCAAGGAGAGAAGCAUGACAGACAUUUGUAUGAAUAAACUAUGUCCUGAGUCAGUCAGGUCAGGUACUGCCAUUGUCCAUGGGGUAUUAUCAAAAUAUUUUUUUAAUGACAUACCUAAUGAAAAGCCUAUCAAAUGCAAAUGGACUCAGUAACUUUGGACAUCAUACCAGGUGUGAAGUACCUUGUCUGUACAGAGAAAUCUUCCACCUCUUAGGAGAGGACUGAAGAAGAGAGAGACAUCACUACUGUGGAUGGCUAAUGCUUUGGCUUAGGCUUGAUGUAUUUAGAGCUAAAUGACAGCACUGAACUGAAAGAUGCUAAAAUAUAAUGUUCUUGCUGCAAUUAUGCCAUUGUGAAGAAGAGUACACAGAAAAUGCCACUAUUUCACAGUGCCAGGAAGGCAGCCAAUCAACAGUUGUUUUUUUUCCCUUUUCUUUUACCAAGGAUCUGUUGUAAUGUUUUGCUUUUUAAGCCCUGGUUAAUUUUCAUUCUCAAAUGAAUGAUAUUUGAUAAUACAGCUGUGUACAUCAGGGUCUGCUAGCAUCAUGAUGGGAAAGUGCAUACACACCGGGCAACAAGUAUUUGUAAUUCUUAUGAGCGCCUGUCUUCUGACUGUCUUUUGUCUUAUUUGACUUCCUCUUUAUAUUUGCACUUUGUUGAAGGAUGUAACAAUUUCAGCAGCAUGGGAGAAAAAAAACCUAUUUCUGGCAUGGUUUUCACUGCUAAAAUGAAGGGAUGGUAUGGUCUUCCUUCCCCUUCUCCCUCUCCCCCCAACUCCCCCUGCCUUUUGUAAUUGAUUUAUCUCAGAACAGCUGAAAAGUGCAAGAGGGCUUGAAAUAAUACCCUAACAAGGGGGAGACACUUGGCAUGACUGAGAUGCAGACCUAGAUAUAGUCAGUAUGUCUGUCUCCUGGUAACAAUAAAAUACUUUCCUUUGUGUUUUUGCCCAAAGAAAGCUCACAUAUGCUAGUUACUGAUAAGGUAGACACUAUUUUUUUUUCCUAGUGUGGGAAGUCUUUUAGGUGGUACCUGAAGGCUAUGCUUGUAUUGCAGCUAGAAGGCAUGCUAGUCAGUCAGAAACUAUUUUUAGCAUAAGUUCCAAAAACAGUAGCAGGGAAAACCAAUCAAACAUAGCUUCAGAUGCCUAAGAUUUCAUUCAGGAUGUGAAGUCCAUGCUUUUCCCUCUGCUGUUAUCCAAAACGUCACUACUUGCUAUAUGAGGGGACUAACUACAGCUCCUGAAGAGAGCUGUUCUCUCUGAGAAAUAGAGCAAGACAAUCUCAAAUACAAUAACUUUGUAUUUUCAUAGGGCAGCAUAGAAUGCAUUCAUCUUCCAGUUCAACACACAGUCCACUUUCUGCUGGAUUUGCUGUUAUACCUAGUGUGAACCUGGA